ACCGAGAGGUUCAGCCGGGAGGGACCGGAGAGCAGCGAGAUUCAGGCGGAGUAAACACGGACUGAACACAGGCACGGAGCUGGAGGAUCACCCACAUUUCAUAGUAUCAUUUGUGAUCGGAACCACAAGAAGAUGCCACUGGGAGAGCAACAUUCAUGGAAGAAAAAAUCUGAUGUGAAGGAGAAAUACGAUUUUAAGGAAGUACUGGGAACGGGGGCUUUCUCCGAGGUGGUCCUGGCUGAAGAGAAGAGGACCCAGAAACUCGUGGCUAUAAAAUGCAUCCCCAAAAAGGCUCUAGAGGGAAAAGAGACGAGUAUCGAGAAUGAGAUCGCUGUUCUCCACAAAAUCAAACACGCCAACAUUGUUUCGCUGGAGGACAUUUUCGAGAGCAAAACACAUCUGUACCUGGUCAUGCAGCUUGUGUCUGGGGGCGAGCUGUUCGACCGCAUCAUAGAAAAAGGCUUCUACACAGAGAAAGACGCGAGUAAACUGAUCCAGCAGAUUCUGGACGCUGUGAAGUACCUCCACGACAUGGGCAUCGUACACAGAGACCUCAAGCCGGAGAACCUCCUGUACUACAGUAUGGAGGAAGACUCUAAAAUCAUGAUCAGUGACUUUGGUUUGUCUAAAAUCGAGGGCGCUGGGAGUGUCAUGUCCACAGCCUGCGGGACCCCGGGAUAUGUCGCCCCUGAAGUUCUGGCUCAGAAACCCUAUAGUAAAGCAGUAGACUGCUGGUCCAUUGGAGUCAUUGCAUAUAUUCUAUUGUGUGGGUAUCCCCCGUUUUAUGAUGAGAACGAUGCCAAACUGUUUGAGCAGAUCCUGAAGGCUGAGUACGAGUUUGAUUCUCCGUACUGGGACGACAUCUCUGAUUCAGCCAAAGAUUUCAUUGUUCACCUGAUGGAGAAAGACCCCAGUGUGCGAUACACGUGUGAUCAAGCUCUGCAGCAUCCCUGGAUUGCUGGAGACACGGCUCUGGAUAAGAACAUUCAUGAAUCUGUCAGUGCACAAAUUAAGAAAAACUUUGCCAAAAGUAAAUGGAAGCAAGCAUUCAAUGCCACGGCGGUCGUUCGUCACAUGAGGCGCCUGCAGCUCGGCACCAGCUCAGAGGGACCCACCUCUCUGCCCAGCCCCUGCAGGAACGAGUGCUCAGAGGGUCGGGGUGAAGGGGACGUGGACAGCACAAACUGCACAUAGCACACUCUCCUCCUGCUUUUGAUUUACCACCAAAACAACAACAACACAAUGACCCAGAGACUUCACUCCUCUUUGAAAACUCCUGCUCUGGGUCUAUUGAACUACUGCAGCGUCACUCCAGCUCGCAGCCAGAGGGGGGCGCUCUCACACUGCCUCCCAGCCGCACACAAGGGGCCAGAGGUGAAGAGAGAGAGAAGAGGAGAUGGUACAAAACUGGUUGAAGACAGAAGAGGAGUAAUUUAAACAUGUUUUGAAGUAUAUUGGCUGAAGUAGGUUAAGAUGGAGAUUGGUUUUAUUCACAAAAUUCACUUUUCGUUUUAGUAAUUAUUGUUGUUUUUAUAUUUUUAUGUGAUUUUAACAGCAUAUAUUUGUGCAUAAAGGGGAAUACGUAGUAUUUAGUGAAAUUUUAUUUAAAAUGCUUAGUGGGGUUCAUCUUGGUACACGAAAAUUGGCCUAGUUUUUGGGGAUACCAUUUUGUUAUUUUUGCGGUCUUUUCAACAACAUAACCUCAUAAGAUUUACAAGUUAUAUAUAAAACAAACCACAUUUUGCUUUUAAUUUUCUUUCACCCUAGAACUCACUACGAAUAUAUGACCACUGUUUACAUGUGAGCCGUCCAACUUAUAAUUCAGACAGCACAGAAACACCUUAAUAGACUACAAAAGUAUAUGUUUUUAGAUACUAUAUAAAAAAGGUAUGUGGGUUACUGCUUUGGUCUGUUUGAAUGUAAGGGAAAGUUUUGCAUUUUGUGUUUUAAGAUACUAAUUACGGUGAUGUGCUCCUUGUAUUAAUUUUUCGAGUUGGGUUAUGGAAAAGUUUAUCAUCAACAUAAUAUUUUUGCAGAUUGAAGUAAAAUGAAUUAUUGAAGACUAAAACUAUAUAACUAUGACUUAAUGUACAUGUAUAUUUUUGUUAAUUAGUAAAAAUUUAAGCAAAAACGAGCAGAAGUUUUGAGUGGAGCUGAGAUGGAACCUUGCUUUCUGUGUAAUAGCAGCCUCUGACCUGUAGGGAGUGGUCUGUCUAUGUAGUGCUUUUUGACAUGUUUCUGGAGUAGUUUAUGCAGAAAAACUGUAGCCUUUUGUUCAGUUAUGAUGAUGAUUUAUGUUGUGGAUUUUUAAAGCGACAGUGCGUAACAUUUUGGUUUUAAAUUUCAUAAACAUAACCUUAUCUGUGUCCCUAGAUCCGUUUUUAAACUUCGUGCACCUUCACUAGAAUAAUAACUGUAAAAGUGUCAUAUUUAUUUCAAAUCAAAAGAUACCAAAAGUGAACAUCUGUAAGGGUUUUGUUCAGUUUGUAGCUACAUGUUUUUAUGGGACAACAGUGAUAUGAGAGGUAAAGCAAGUCAUUCUGUGUCUAUAGGGUUGGCAGUGCGAACCCCCCUUCUCCCUAUUGCAUGUAGCCUUUGUGUCACUGGGCAAGACACUUCUCACACUUAACCAAUGUGAAUUUGUGAUUAGGUGCAUUCACACUUGGUCCUGUUCUAGUCCUGGUUUAGCCCUGGUCUAGUUCAGGUUCAUUUCAGGUUCAGUUCAGGGUUUAGUCCCAGUUUAGUCCCAGUUUAGUCCCAGUUUUGAUGUAGAUGCUGUCGGCACUGAAAGGUAGCCAUGAUUGUUAUGUUUCAAAUCAUUGGCCAAAAGUCAUUGUUGAGAAAACCUGAUUGACAUGAUUUAAACAUAAACUUCUUCUUCUUCCUGUUCCAGUAUAAACAUGUUUUGUGGUGCCUUUAAGAGCAAGCUUUUGGUGGUUCUUUGUGCUUCAAACUUUGGACCAUUUUUGCAAAAAUGUUCAUUGUUUUGUAGCAAUCAAAUGCAGUCAGUGUAGGAAAAAAAUCUUUUAAAAGCACACUAUGUAACUUUCUGGUGGUGAAUCCACUACCUGGUUGUCUCCAUGGAGAUUUCAUUGAUUUGCCGUGAAUGUUCCACACUAUGGCAUUAAAAUUAUGUAUCAAUCUAUUUAGCUCUUUUCUCUAUUUUUGGGUAUUGCUCAAAGAUUUCUUGAAAAACAUCUUUUUCUAUAGUGCGCACGGUCACCUCUCCCCAGAUCUGACCUGUAAAAUGAUCUGGUAGAGUCACCUGCUUGUCUCCAUGGUGAUUGAUUGGUUUAAUGGCAUUCAAGUCAAAGCAAUGGACACAAACAGGUGCUAGACCCUUAACCAGUAAAGUUUCAUAGUGCGCCUUUAAACUGAUUAAGCAGCAAAGAGAUUAUUUUUAUUUUUUCAUAGAGUAUAAAUAUAUAAGUAUAUAUAAGUCUGUAUAUCUGUAAGGGUUUUUGUAUUCUGUAAAAUAACAUGCUCUGCUUGUGGGAUGGGCCUGUGUGUAAUGAUACCAGUGAAUAUGGUGUGUUUUAGUGGUGAGGUUUUUGUUUUAAACAAUUGGGGAUUUUUGCAGUGAUUUUGAGCAGUGGGUCUUGUUUUCUGAAGAACACUUGGUGUAUGUAGCUCUCAAGGUGAAGGGUAAAUAAAUUUAUUGUUCUGAACAUUAACAACAUAAGAAUAAAAUGUGUCCCUAUAGAAAACAACGUAAAAGCUCCCAACUGCGGCACAUACAAUUUACGUCAUGUAUGUAACUUUUUAGCCAAAUAAAUAGACUAAAAUAAAAACAUGCUUUCUCAUUUUGUUUUGAAAAUCUCGGGUCCUUACUCAGAGCGAGCGUGCAUCUCCACAAACCUGACUCUUAUUUGGCUUCUUCUGCUUGUUUCCAUGGAAAUAUAUGGUUUUAACGCUCUAUUUCCACAGAAUCAUGCAGUAAUGUGCCACUUCCAGAAAGUUACAUACUGUACCUUCAAGUUAAGUUUGAUUUAGCCAAAAGUGCAGUAUUUUUUCUAAUUAUAAUGGGUAAAUGAAAUAAUUUACAGGUGGUUUUAAGUAUAGACCACGAGGCAGUGAUUGUGGUCUUGUGAUGCGCUGUAAAAAUACUUCUAAGCUUACAACACUAUUUAUUAUAGACCCUAAAAUCAUUGUUAUCCCAAAAAAGGCUUGAAUCGAAGGCUUGCAUUUCCAUUGGCAUUGAAGUUUUUGAACCGUGUAUUACGCCACUGGUCUGGUAUGAACGUGAACCAAAUCAUUACAUCACCAUCUCCCACCACAAAAAGCAAAAACCGUGUCAAUAAAAAAGCAGAAUGGGGUGCUAACUACAUGUUUACAAUAUCUUACUCAGAGAGAAAAAAUUAUUUAAAACAAUUAUAUUUUAUUUUUUAGUUUACACAAUCUUUAAAAUUGUGUUGUACUUUGAGGACUUUAAGAUUUGUACAGUAAAUACAGUAUGUUGCCUUGUCUUUAGUUGUAGCUUUUGGUCAGUGCAAUGCAUUCUGGGUUGUUGAAAGUGAUUAAAAUUCUGUCUAUGCA